AUGUUCAACAUCAUCGUAUUCACGAGGAAAUCCAUGAUUUCGCCAUACAACUUGAUUUACGCUCAUUUAGCUUUUGUGGAUUUAGUGACCAUAAUUGCCUACGUGCCACGAGCCUGGCAAGAGCUCGUACGACAGCGCAUAUACUCUUUCAAGGAGCUUAGAGUGUACGAAUGGGAAAUCGCAUCGUUUUGUUCUUUGUUUACUGCAGCAACACUCCAUCAAAUAUCAACCUGGAUAACAAUCUUGCUGGCAGUUUGGCGAUACAUUGCCAUCGCAUAUCCUUUGAAGGAACGCGAAUGGUGCAAUAUGAAAGCCGCCAAGAUUUUCAUAUCUGCAGCAUAUACAGUGGGUUUUUUAAUCCAUUUACCCAAUCUUUUCGAAAUUAAUGUCGUUGCAAUAGAUACGCUGCUCGAUAGCGAAGGAUAUCCAACCUCGAAUCGUACGAUCGGUGUUCCUACCACGGUUUACAAGACUCACCUGUGGGAAACGCGUAAAACGAGUGGUUUUCUGGCAGCAAUAUUCUACGCAUUCGUCCCGAGAAUAACGGCGGUGAUUGUGCUGUCUGUUUACACUUAUAAGUGA